GUUGGCUUUAUGUGAAUGAGAAAAAGCUGACCGGUGAAAAAGUCCUCCUCCAUCGGGACGCUACGCCCUCCUCGUUCUCCUCAUUCUCUCGCAACCCCGCGAUGGAUUCCUAUUUUCGAGCACUUUGCAUGACUUUCCUCGUGGCGUCGUCCAUCGCGCGGAGGUCAAGUGCGGCCGGCGGACCGGUGAUCGUGUGCGAGCCGUGCGACGCGGGGGCGCGGACGUCGUGCAAACCUCUGCCCAGGGACUGCGCCGAGAGGGUCCGGGAGCCGGGCUGCGGCUGCUGCCUGACCUGCGCCCUGAGCUCCGGACAGCCGUGCGGCGUGUACAGCCGCCGCUGCGGCUCCGGGCUGAGCUGCCAGCAUCCGCCCGGCGAGACCAAGCCCCUGCAGGCGCUGCUGGAGGGACGGGGGCUCUGCCUGAACGCCACGGCCAGGAGACCCACCGCCAGACCCACACCUCCUGAGAACGAGCUGCCAGAGAUUACACAGACUCAGGAUAAGGAGCAGAAUUGCACAAGCUCGGGACUCCAGCCUUCAUACAGUACUCAAAGACCCAUUGGACCAGCUAAGCCUCCUCUUCAUCCCUUCCUCUCCACUGAAAAGUCAGUUGUGUUCAGGCGGGAACAACAGAAGAGAAACCAGAACUUGAAAAAGGAGGAUCUCCCAGGACCACUCAUCACUGACCAGCAAAACUUCUCUCUCGAAACCAAACAGGAACUUGAGAAUGGUCCCUGUCGAAGAGAAAUGGAGAGCAUUCUAAGAAGCCUCAAAAUCACCAACGUACUCAACCCUAGAGGUUUCCGCAUACCAAACUGUGAUAAGAAGGGAUUCUAUAAGAAAAAACAGUGCCGUCCAUCCAAAGGCAGAAAGCGAGGCUUCUGUUGGUGUGUGGACAAAUAUGGGCAGCCUUUGCCAGGGUUUGAUGGGAAGGAGCAAGGAGACGCCCAGUACUACAACUCCAAGAGCCAAUAGGACCAAAGCAGGAUGGGAGGGAGGGAGAGUUGGAGUGAAUAAGAAGAAAUGUAAACAAAUGGAGACACUGAGGAUAUUGGUAGAGAGGUCAAGAGAUGGCUCGACCGAUAUAUGGAUGUUUGCUAUUUCUAUCUGUUGCCUGUGGGACCUUUCUUUUCGAAACAGAGCAAAGGAAAUAGAGUAAGUUUACCAGGGGGAGAGCAUGAACUUUUUUUCGAAGGAUGGAUUCUAAUUUAGCCGUUUUAUUCCUGACUCCACCUGGACAGCUUCUGGGAAAAUUCUACUUUUAAACAAAAGUUCAUUCCAGAGGCCUUAAACUGAUAUAAAACACAGAGCUACAUCCGACACAGGGAUAAGCGUACUCCUCCUCAUGGACAAUUGAAUUACAGUGCAAAUGUGUACACGCUUGUGAAGUGUAAUCUUUUCAUUGUAUGCUUGCAAUUUGUUUCAAUGACUUUGAGCUUGGUCAUUAAGCCCAUGAAAUAUAUGUCUGUAUGUAUAAGUCCUUCAGUGUAGCCAUGCCUUCCAAUGUUUCUUCCUGCUCCACAGGAAGUUGGAUAAGACUGCUCUGUUCAAACAUUAAAGUUUUGAUUUUUUUUUAAGCUGGAUUCCAAGAACAGAGUGGUGGACAUUUGUUUACUCUGUACUGUUACUGUUUUGUUAUUUAGCAUAAGCUUAAACUUGAUAUAAAGGCCUCUUACCUUUCAUAUCUGUGUAUUCAGUGUUCUCAAUUUAAGAAAAUGUGUUUGCAUAAACAAUGCAACCCCUCAGAAGUUUAUUUUUUACUUAAUAAAGGCAUUAAAAA